UGGUUCAGGGCUAGCUGAGCCUCUGUUUGUGCUGAGAAAGGCACAAAUGUGCAAAUAAUGUCAGGAAUGGGAGAGUUUGGGGAGUUCCUGCCCUGCUCAAAGCAGGGACACUCAGGGGGUGCCACCCUUGGCCCUGGCUGCCUUCAGCUGUGCCAAAACCUGGAAUGUCCCUUCCCUGAGUGGCAGGGAGAACACACAGGCUGGGAGGGAAACUCUGGAGGAAUCGGGGGGGAAUUGCUGCUUUUGUCAGAAGUGGGGUCAGGUCCUGAGCACCCGGUGGGACACGGGGCUGUCCCUCAGCUGCAGCUCUGCUCUGUUCCUACACACUCCCUUCCUUCCCUCUGCUGGGGUGGUGCUCUCUGGGAAUAAAGACCUGGGGAAAUGCUGUGCUGCAGCAGGGAAAUGGGAAUUGCUGCUGAAAACCGAGGGCACUUGGAGCAAAUGGAGGAAUUCCAUCUGCCCAUCCCGUGCCUGGUGGAAGAGCACACGGGAGCAGUGGCAGGAGCCCUGAGGCAGAAUUCUCCUGUCUCCACAGAAAACUAUCGAAUGAAGAGCUACAAGAACAAAGCCCUGAACCCCGAGGAGAUGCGCAGGAGGAGAGAGGAGGAGGGGAUCCAGCUUCGAAAACAGAAACGGGAGCAGCAGCUCUUCAAAAGAAGGAAUGUGGAGCUGAUCAAUGAAGAUGACUCCAUGUUUGACAGUCUCCUGGUGGAUUCCUACGUCACUUCCACAACGUGUGGGGAGGGAUUGAUCACAGGAGAGAUGGUGGAGAUGCUUUUCUCAGAUGACCCUGACCUACAGCUAGCAACCACUCAGAAAUUCAGGAAAUUACUCUCCAAAGAGCCAAAUCCUCCAAUAGAUGAGGUGAUAAACACUCAGGGAGUGGUGGAGAGGUUCGUGGAAUUCCUGAAAAGAAGUGAAAAUUGCACAUUACAGUUUGAGGCUGCGUGGGCCCUGACAAACAUCGCCUCGGGCACCUCCCAACAAACCAAAAUAGUCAUUGAGGCUGGGGCAGUUCCCAUCUUCAUAGAGCUCCUAAACUCUGACUUUGAGGAUGUUCAGGAGCAGGCUGUCUGGGCGUUGGGGAACAUUGCUGGAGACAGCUCUGUGUGCAGGGAUUAUGUCCUGAACUGUGCCAUUCUUCCUCCCUUGUUAAUGCUCCUCACCACGUCCACCAGGCUGACAAUGACACGAAACGCUGUCUGGGCCUUGUCAAACCUGUGCAGAGGGAAGAGUCCACCUCCUGAAUUUGAGAAGGUGUCUCCCUGCCUGCCAGUGUUGUCCCGAUUGUUGUUCAACAGUGACUCUGACCUGCUGGCAGACGCGUGCUGGGCUCUGUCCUACCUGUCCGAUGGUCCCAACGAGAAGAUCCAGGCUGUGGUGGACUCAGGGGUGUGCAGGAGGCUGGUGGAGCUCUUGAUGCACAAUGAUUACAAAGUGGCCUCUCCAGCUCUUCGGGCAGUUGGCAACAUCGUGACAGGGGAUGACAUCCAGACCCAGGUGAUUCUAAACUGCUCAGCCCUACCUUGCCUCCUCCAUUUAUUGAGCAGUCCCAAGGAAUCCAUCAGGAAAGAGGCGUGCUGGACCAUAUCCAACAUCACAGCAGGCAACAGAGCACAAAUCCAGGCAGUGAUUGAUGCCAACAUCUUCCCGGUGCUGAUCGAAAUCCUGCAGAAGGCGGAGUUCCGCACGAGGAAAGAGGCAGCCUGGGCCAUCACCAACGCCACCUCGGGAGGGACCCCUGAGCAGAUCAGGUACCUGGUGAAUUUGGGUUGUAUCAAACCUCUGUGUGACCUGCUGACUGUCAUGGACUCCAAGAUUGUUCUGGUGGCCUUGAAUGGGCUGGAAAACAUCCUGAGACUGGGAGAGCAGGAAGCCAACCAGAGUGGGACUGGCAUCAACCCCUACUGCAGCCUGAUUGAGGAGGCCUAUGGUUUGGAUAAAAUAGAGUUCCUGCAGAGCCACGAGAACCAGGAGAUCUACCAGAAAGCCUUUGACUUGAUCGAGCACUACUUUGGGGUGGAGGAGGACGCGGCCGUGGCCCCGCAGGUGGACGAGAACCAGCAGCAAUACAUCUUCCAGCAGCCCGAGGCUCCCAUGGAGGGAUUCCAGCUAUAAUCCCGGGGAAAGCCAGCCAGAAACCAAAAACCCACCACAAACUUUCUGGAAAGUUUGGGCGAGCAGCUGCUGGUGCAGGCUGGGAAGGCUGACACUCACUGGGAAAUCCGCGAGCGCUCCUGGAGAGAAGGGCAGUUCUGCUCCUCCCCUGGGCUGCUGCUCCCCUUGGCUUUGGGGCAGAGGGACACGGAGGUGACAGGUGCCACCUCCUGGUGCCUGCUUCUUUGUGGUGGUGUCUCCCCAGUGCAGUUUUACCUCGGGCACCCCAGCCUGGGCUCGGGUGAGGACACGGAGAGGAGGGAGCUGUUCUGGCCACAGUAAUUCUGCAAACCUGGCUUCAUCUAUUUAAAUUCCCUUUUUUUGCUUUUUUUUUUCUUUUUUUUUUUUUUUUUUUUUUUUUUUUUUUUUUUUUUUUUUUUUUUUUUUUGCACAUGUUACUCUUUAUUAAAGACUCGUUAAUAUGCCAAGAGCAAAAUUCAGCCCUGGCCUUCCUCCUUCAGGUGGACAGUCCUGGUGAAGCCAGGACCAGUUCCCUGAUGAAAAAUACUGAAAAAGGACAGAAAAAUGAGAAGUUCUCUCACUGCUGGGAAGUUGUUUUUUUUUUUUUUUUCUUCCUGCUUUCCUUUGCCUAGGUUUUUUUUUUUGUUUUUGUUUUUUUUAUGAACUGCUAGUGGGAUUUCCAAGGAUUAAAAGCAAAAAAAAAAGCAACAAGAGCCCAAAGAUGGGAACUGGGGUGGAUUUUUUUGGAGCAGGAAGCACAGCUGCUGUUGCACAGGUUUGGUUUGCGUUGUACUGACUGAUCUCAGAGCUCUGAAAUGCUGAAACCCGACUUCAUCUUUACUUGAAAUACUUUAGUUGCCAUGAGAAACAUGGGCUGAAUUUGGGUUUUUCCUGCCUUGGGGUGGUUUGGGGUGGAGGAAGGUUGGGCUCCAGCUGCCAGCAGUGAUGGGAGCUCCAGGAGCACCAGGUUUUCAGGUUUACCUCCUGCUCACAGUCACAUAAUGCACAUUUUACUUCCAAAAACGGCAAAUCUCUGUAUUUUUUAUAUUGUAGAAAGGGAGAUAUUUGUCUAAUUGGGCCACAGAGCAAACUCUAGCUGCCAUUUCUGUGAUUGCUGUAGAUAAGCGCUGUGAGGCAGGCACGCCUGGAGCCGCCGGGGCUCGGGGCCGUCCCGCGGUGAGCACGGAGCCCCCGCGGCGCUUUCUGGCCGCUGUGGCCCGGUCUCGGUCACAGCAGAGGAGCGGAGCCGCGGGCUGAGCCCUUGUGUGGAACAAUAAACUGCAGCUGUGCAGGU